UUGAAACUGACGUAAUGCUUGGAGUCUGAGGUCCUGACAAGCGAUAACAUUUCUGAUAAAGAACUGAGAUCACUGCAAAAACCAACCUCCUUUUUUUCCAUCCCAGACUCAGGCGUUUUUACUAUUAAACACAGUCUCCCAAGAUUUCACGUGUACAGGAGCAAUUCGCAAUCUUACAUCCCCAUAAAAAAAAGAAAUCAUUCCCGAGAUCAACAAACAAACAACACAAAGACGCUUCAUGGCUAACGCCAAAGCUCCACCAUCUUUCAGACUGCAAAGACUAUUGCAAUUUAAUCAACAGUGAUCGAGAAGAACGGCAUAGUGUGGUCACCCCUCGCACCCAGGAUCAUCUGCACCUGUGAGGUUUUCUGAGAAAAGGAAGUACGGGACGGUGCUUUUCACAAGCAACGCACGUAGAGCAAGUAAACUUUGUGAACACUGUGGGGGAAAAAAUGGAAUGAUUCCCAGGCAGAAUGGAUGUGGAAUAAAGGAUACCUCGGAGGGCUCCUCAGGGAAGGGUCUUUGGAUACUCUGCCAGCUUUGAUAUCUGCCUCCCUGUUGGAUUUGAGUGUGAUAAUGCUAUAACCCAAUGCUUAACAGAGAUAUGGUGCGGAAAAAGAAUCCCCCUUUGAGAAGCUUCGGCGGUGAAGAAGAGGAGGGUGAGGUGGUGGCGGCCGAGGCCACGGGCCCAGAGAGCGGGAACGCGGGGAGCCAGGCCUCAGAGCCCGACCGUGCUGUGGCCGAAGAACAGGAGGAACCGUCCUCCCCUGGCCCCAUCAAACCAGACAGGCCUGACUUUCAUUACUCCAGCCACAACCUGGCAGCAUCCUACUCCAGCCGCGAGGGCACUGAUACUGAACCGCUGGACUCUACCACCUCCCCAACGAACUCUGAUCCAGGUGAUAGAGGAGACUGUGAGGACGACCGGAACGGUCUAAAACCCAGCACCCGGUCAGGAGGUGUCAUCGUACAGGGCUGCACCAGUAACGGAGAGGAGAGGGACGCCACACACAGCCCGCUAGCAUUGCUGGGCUCUGACAGCCCUCGUGGUGCGGCUGUCGAAGGCUCUAAAGUUCCUCCUGUUACACUUCAUCCACAGAGGCCCAUUGGGGGAGCGGAGGACGCCCCUAGCCCUCUGGGAGCUGAGACGGGAGCACCUCCACCCACCUCACCCAAACUACAAGACUUUAAGUGCAACAUUUGUGGGUACGGUUAUUACGGCAACGACCCCACGGACCUGAUCAAACACUUUCGUAAGUACCAUUUGGGUCUGCACAACCGGACGCGACAGGACGCGGAGCUGGACAAUAAGAUUCUGGCACUACAUAACAUGGUGCAGUUCACAGCCCAAACACAGGCCAAAGACUCAGCGCGCCUCCUUGUUCAAUCAGCUCAGAGCGGCUCUGCGGCGGAAGCAGGGUCACCCAGAUCCUCCGUACUUAACGGCACCUACGACGUACAGGCUCCGCUUUUGCAUCACUACCAACGGGCUCACAGCAUUCACAAGUGCACCAUCAAACAUUGCCCCUUCUGUCCCCGUGGGCUCUGCACUCCUGAGAAGCACCUGGGGGAGAUUUCCUAUCCCUUCGCUUGUCGUAAGAGCUCCUGCUCGCACUGUGCUCUACUUCUGCUGCAGCUAACAGCCGGAGGGACCACUACCCCAUCCCCGCCAGCUCCCCGAGCGUCCGUCACCCAUCAGUGUGACCAGUGCCCGUUCACCUCGACUGAUAUUGACUUGCUUCUCUUGCACUAUGACAGCACCCACACCUCGCACACCUUACUGGAAGUCAAACCAGAGGAGGAGGGAUCAGGGGAUGCAGGGCCAGGGACAGGACGGGACCAUCCUGGAGAGUACGCCUGCACUAAGUGCCAUUUCUUCACUGAAGUGGAGGAGGACAUCUUUCGUCACUACAGGAGAGUUCACGGCUGCUGUCGUUGUCGGCAUUGUAGUUUCACUGCCACGGACACCACGGCGCUGCUGGACCACUUCAACUCCGCCCACUGCCAGGACUCUGCGGAUCCAGCCUCUGCUCUUUCCAACGGCUGCUCUGCUCCUUCAACCCUCCGCAUCAAAGAGGAGAGCAAAGGUGAUCUGAAACUCUAUAGCCUGGUGCCUCCAGAGGCCAGCAAAGCCGAGCCGCUUCCCGGCUCAGAAGGCGUGAAGAGUGAGGCCCAGGAUGUGAAGGAAAAGGGCUGGGUUGAAGCGCUGGGCCCUGUGACUGGCAGUGGAGUCCGAGGUGGGGAACAACACGUGCAGAGCCUGGUGUGGGUGCCCAAAGAACGUGCAGGGGAGAUCCUUAGAGGAAGCCCAGCCCCGUUCCCCCAGGCCACACUGGGUCUGCUGAACGCUGUGGCAGCUGGGGCAAAAGACCAGCAGCAGCAGAAGGGGGCGACCAUGCUUAGAGACACAUCGGGACUGAUCUUCAGCCUUAGCGCAGAUGCUAAAAGCUACCUGCCAGGGACGCCGAUGAGCGGUGCGGAGAAAGCCGGGCAGCAGUACCCAACUUCUACCGAGGGCAAGAGUGCCAAGGAAGAGUCGCAGUCUCUCUUACGGAGACGGCGGGGCUCGGGGGUCUUCUGCGCCAACUGUCUGACCACCAAGACCUCGCUGUGGAGGAAGAAUGCCAACGGCGGCUACGUGUGCAACGCGUGUGGCCUCUAUCAGAAGCUGCACUCGACCCCAAGACCGCUGAACAUUAUCAAGCAAAACAACGGCGAGCAAAUCAUCCGUCGACGGACACGCAAGCGCCUGAAUCCUGACCCCGUACCAUCUGAGCAGGUGGGGUCCAAGCAGCAGCGCGUCAACAGCGAGGAGCGUCUCAACGGCAGCCCCUUAGAGAGGAGGACUGAGGAAGCAGGAUCUGAUGGGUCUUUAUCACGUGCCGAAGCCCAAGUGCAGUUGGGUAAAUACGAGGCUUACGGUUCCUCGGGACCCAAAAGUCACCCUAGCCCCCGCUCCACCCACGCGUUCCUCGUCAACCAGACGCUGGAGAUCCACAAGCGCAUGCCACCCCUGCAUAUGCACAAGAGCCCUGCGGACGGCGGGGCCGAGGGCAACGGGCUCGGCGCAGGACCCCAGGGAGGGGACGGCAAGGGUGGUUCUGAACGGGGCAGCCCUAUUGAGAAGUACAUGCGUCCAUCGAAGCAGGCCAGCUACUCCCCUCCUGGAAGCCCUAUCGAGAAGUACCAGUACCCAUUCUUCAGCCUACCCUUCCUCCACAAUGACCUGCAAAACGAAGCGGACUGGUUGCGCUUCUGGACUAAGUACAAGAUGUCUGUGCCGGGCAACCCGGGCCACUACCUGAGCCCUGUGGCUGGCCUUCCCAAUCCGUGCCAAAGCUUUGUGCCUUACCCUACCCUCGGCUUACCGCCUCAUUUCCCCCCACCAACCCCUUCUGGACCCGAAAGCGACACACCUCUCGACCUGGCCAUGAAACAUUCCAAACCCAGUCCUACACCCAACGGGACCCUCGUCGCCAAGGAGAAAUGGGCGUCAACCGCUUCUGAAAGGGAGCGGGAGACGGAACACUCGGAAGAACCCGAAGAGGAGCACUCUACUUCGCAAAUCGCCCAACCGGAGAAGAUUGAUCAGGCCACGCAAGAUGACAUCUCGAGCAAAUGCGCCCACUGUGGCAUUGUCUUCCUGGACGAGGUCCUGUACGCCCUGCACAUGAGUUGCCAUGGUGACGGCGGGCCCUUCCAGUGCAGUAUCUGCCUGCACGCUUGCGUCGAUAAGUACGAUUUCACAACACACAUCCAGCGAGGCCUCCACCGGGCAGCCCCCGAGGCGAACGCCAACCCCUCUAACCAAUGAGCUUUACAAACCUGCAGUCCAAGCACAAUUAGAGCAGCGAGGAAAGAGAGCGCUUGUACGAAUGAAUGCAUUGAACUUUUUUUUGCUUGAAAUGUGCCAAGACGGAUCAUGGUGCCUAAGCAGCCAAUGCAAGAAACUUCAGUCAGCAUAGCAUUUCUGUGGGAGCUCACACACACGUAUACUUUUAACGAACAAAGACUGCUUUUUGAAGACAUCGGUACAUGUAGCUACUCAAUCUAGAUAUAUUUUCGUUAGUCCAGAUAUGUAAUUUUCGACAAGGCAGUUCAGCAAGCAAGGUACAUCUACUCCAAUUUAAUGCUUCAUUUCUCGUCGUCGUGUGCAUUCGCAGAUUUAUGGAAAGUUCUCUCACCUGGUUCUGAUAAAAAUGAGGAUGUGUUUCUGCAUGUGUGGCUCAGUGUAGGAAAAUGUGGCAGUCGUCUGUCACUAUGGCAACAGCAUAAUUGACUGCCGUCCUCAAACAAACAUCCAGCAUCCUCAGGGAAUGUGUAUGGCUGAAUAGACAACAUUAGUUUAUAGUCUGUCUCCAGUUAACAUUAUACUAAAUGUCUUAUGGUUUUCUGUUUGUUCUUGUCGUUCUUGUCUUUUUUUGUGUGUUGAAGUUAUAGGGUUAGGUAACUCAAGUCACAGAAUUCCAUCAAAACUUUUAAGCUGCUGCCUUAGUUGCUGGGAUGCAAUUCUCUACUCUAGAAAUUUGGGAAGGAAUAAAAAAAAUAUUUUUUUUCUAGGUUGUUAAUAGUAAAAUCAUAUUAUCAGUGCCUGAUAUAUUGUACAAAGUAUUUUCUACAUGAGAUGUUGAUAUGCAACAUUGAACUCGCAUCUGAAUAAGGGCCUUGAGUUUGGCUCUGACAAACGUUUACAUUUGCAAAUGUAGCAAACGUCAUCAUGAA